CUAACUUUUAUCCAUCAGUUAACUUUAAUAACUCACAUUGGGGUCAGGGCUACAUUUGUAUAACUUAGCUAACUUGAGUAACUUCAAUAACUUAGUUAACUCUAAUAACUAAUCUCGGCUAACUUUAACCAGAGUAAACUUUGAGUGAUCCAAGAUGUCGGAGGACGUGGUCACCCUGGAGGGGUUGUUGGAUUUAUCCAUCGGGACACCUCAGGGAACCGUCAACUUCACCGCCCUGCACGCGCUGCUCCACGCGGUGCUCCGGCAGCUCGGGAUCCGGGAGCUGGAGACCCGCUGGAGGGACUCUCUCUCCGGCCACACUGCGGUGGGUGUCCCCGGCUCCGCAGAGGUGGGACCGCUGCAGGUGGAGGGGGACGUGGAGCCGGAGGCUCGCCCCGGCACCGAGCUCCAGGAGCGGGCAGCCUCUGCCUCGGACCCGGGAUCCUCACCUGGCACCGCGGCUGCGGAGGACGAGAAGUUCCGGUCCCGCAUCCAGAGCUGCGAGGACGGUGUGUCCGAGGCCAUGAGGCUCAUCCAGCAGCUCCAUGAGCAGAAGGACGUCCUGGUGGACGAGCUCCACCAGCAGCAGAAGAUGUUUGUUGAGACGGUCUCUGCCGUGGAGACGUGCUGCCACAGUGUGGACGUCCUGGAGGAGUCUGUGAAGAGUCUGAGGGACACGUUUCACAAGUGUCCAGAGCCCGAGGAGCUGAGAGGCUGCGUGACCUGGGACGUGAUGCAGUCUGUUCUGCUGAGCGACAGAGAAAACCUUCAGAAG